UUUCUGAGACAAUGCAGAGGGAGAGAAUGAGCAAGAAGAAGAGUAGUCAGGUUCAUUGUAUCUCCUCUCAUGAUCAUAUUCUCAUAAUGGCUUCAACUUCAAAACACAUUCCUGAGAUCAGAUUGUACAAAGUCUGGAAGGGUAACAACAGAUUUUUCUGUGGUGGGAGACUAAUCUUUGGUCCUGAUGUAAACUCUGUGUUCCUAACCUCUUUCUUGAUUGGAGCCCCUGCCCUCACCUUCUGCACAAGGAUGCUCGUGUGGAUGCGAAGAGGCGAUCCUACCUUCAACUUCACCGUUCUGACUUCAGCAUUCAUCCUCACCCUCUUGGUUUUCACGUUUCUGUUCUUGACAUCAGCUAGGGAUCCAGGAAUCAUCCCGCGGAAUAAAACAUCAUCAGUGAAUCUAGAAGAUGGCUCAAAUAGUUCCUUGACGCAAUCUAGGGAAUGGGUCAACAACAAAACUCAUCAUCUCAAGAUUCCUAGAACAAAAGACGUUUUCGUUAACGGCUACACAAUCAAAGUCAAGUUCUGUGAGACUUGCUUGCUCUACCGUCCACCACGUGCGUCACACUGCUCCAUAUGUAACAACUGUGUCCAACGCUUUGAUCACCAUUGUCCAUGGGUAGGACAAUGCAUUGCCCAAAGAAACUACCCGUACUUCAUCUGCUUCAUCUCAACUUCAACGUUGUUAUGCAUAUACAUCUUUGUGUUCUCGUGGAUCAAUCUAACCCGACAGCCUGGGAGAUUGUGGAGUACAAUGUCUCAUGACAUGGUCUCUGUCAUUCUUAUCAUCUAUUCAUUUGUUUCUAUCUGGUUCGUUGGUGGCCUUACCAUUUUCCAUGUCUAUCUCAUGUCUACAAAUCAGACAACUUAUGAGAAUUUUCGGUCCCGUUAUGAUAAGAAAGAAAAUCCUUACAAGAGAGGGUUGGUAAAGAACGUUAAAGAAGUGUUAUUUGCCAAGAUCCCGCCUUCUCAACUAGAUCUCAGAGCAAUGGUCCCAGAAGAAGAAGAUGAUGGAUCUGAGUAUGAGUCAGAGUAUGGCUCCUCCAUCAGAUAUGAUAACGAAAUGGGAGGCAAAGUCGUCACUAAAAGGGAGAGCCCGAAGAAGCUUCCUUCGCCCACACGAAACUUAGAUAAUAUUGAUAUUAGCAACGAAUACGAGACAGCUAGAGAUGGUGCUUCUUCUGAGCUUGAUCCUUCUUUCUUCUCAUCUCAACUAGACUUGCCUAAGUAUUAA